UUGGGAAACUAGGGUUUGAGGGAGAGUGCGAGCGCUUCGAUUGCGUCUAGGGUUUCAGGAUCUCCUUCCGGCUCGCGGGAAGAUGACGAAGCGUACGAAGAAGGCAGGAAUUGUCGGGAAAUACGGCACCCGAUAUGGUGCAAGUCUGAGGAAGCAGAUCAAGAAAAUGGAGGUCAGCCAGCAUGCGAAGUACUUCUGCGAGUUUUGUGGCAAGUAUGCUGUUAAAAGGAAAGCUGUUGGGAUUUGGGGAUGCAAGGAUUGUGGCAAAGUGAAAGCUGGUGGUGCCUAUACACUGAACACUGCUAGUGCCGUAACUGUUCGGAGCACAAUCAGGAGGCUGCGGGAGCAGACAGAGAGUUGAAAAGCCCAUACAGCUAUUAUUCAGGAAUAUUAUUCAGUAAUUUCAGUUCAAGAUGAACAUUCGAACCAGAGACUGAUUUUAGUUUGCUGCUUUUGUGUGGUUGUUCUGAAGCUUAAUUUUUUGAAAGAGAUAAAUUCCUUGCUUUAAAGCUCAAUUUAUUAAUUUAGCUGUUGGAAUG